AUGAUAAUUAUCCUGUGUUUAUGCUUAUUAAUUGACCUUCAAAAAUGCAAUUAAGAAAUUAAUCAUGAAAAUAGAGUAAAUUUAUGAAUAUAAUAGGCAGUCGAUAAUCCUCAUACAGCAAUAUUAUAUGGUAAUUCAACCCUAGGUUAUUAUUAUAUGAACAUUUAUGUUGGUGAAAACAUGACAAAGCACAGUGUAAUUGUAGAUACUGGUAGCUAAGCGACAACAAUCAACUGCAAUCAAUGCCAUUAAUGUGGACAACAUUAAAACCCUCCAUACUCAUUCAAUGAGAAUAAUUACAAUAGCUCUGAUUUGAGGAGAGAAUUCAAUUGUUCCUCAUUUGAACAUGAUAGAUGCAAUUUUGCUUCUUAUUAUGUAGAGGGGAGCUCAAUUGGAGGAUUUUAUUUUAAGGACAAGGUUUUAAUAGGAGAUGGAUUGAUUUAGUUAGAUGAUCAAUAUAUUAAGUAGGAAUCCUUUGAAUCAAUCCUUGGGUGCACUUAAUUUGAGACUGGAUAAUUAUAUCAAUAAAUGGCAGAUGGUAUAUUUGGACUUGCACCCAUUAAUAAUCAUUCCUAACAUCCUCCGAAUUUAAUAGACUUUAUAGCCAAGAAAGAUAAGGCAUUAUCAUUAAAGAGACGAUUCUCUAUUUGCUUAAACGAUGAUUAUGGCUACAUCAGUGUUGGCGGAUAUGAUGUAAUAAGGUAAGACCCCGAUUUCAAAAUAAAUAAAAUCAAAUUCAAACCCACCUAGUAAUACUAAGUCAACCUAACCAAAAUAGCUUUUGGAGGUCAAACCUUCACUAUUAAUAGUAAGAUUUACACUGCAGGUCAGGGAACAUUUAUAGAUUCCGGAGCUACUAUUUCUUACAUGGAUCGUGAGAUAUAUACAUAAUUAGUGCAGUCGAUCAAAGAUCAUUUUGAAUUAAAUUAAGCUCCAAUAAAAACUAUCAGUUAAUAAUAGGUUUGUUUUGAAUUCACCAAGAAUGUUUCAGAUUAAUAUUCGCAUUUCCCUACAAUAAAAUUCACUUUUGAUGACGAUGUUGAAAUAUAUUGGAAACCUUAGGAAUAUCUGAAUGUACAGAAUCAAUAGGUUUGCAUAGGAGUAGAAAGAUUAUCAGAUCGGGUUAUUUUGGGACAAAAUUGGAUGAGGAAAAAGGACAUUCUUUUUGAUUUGGAUUAAUAAGAGAUCUCUAUUGUAUCAGCGAAUUGCACUUUGGAUUAUUUCAAAUUGCAAGUCAUAAAUACUUCUGAUGAUUAAACAGAUAAACAAAAUCAGUCGGUUAUUAAAAAUAUUAGAUUGCCAAGUCUGUUGAAAUCAAGCAUAAAAGAGGAAGAGGAUGAAGAUGCUGAAGUGGCAGAGGAAGAGAAUGAAGGUGAUGAUAAUGCAGAGGAAGGAUUGAAAGAGGAGGAUGAACAUUCAUGGUUGGAGAUAUUGUUCUACAUUUUCAUUGUUGUUAUUACAUUAAAAGGUCUGAUCUUCUUAGGACUUUACAUUAUGAAGAGAAUGGGAGGGUAUGUCUAUUGUUUUUAUGAAUUUACUUAGUAAUCUUUACAGUUAUGAGUAAAAACAUGAGAAAUUUUAGAAAUUAAAUAACUAAAUUCACAUGGAAGAUGAGGAUGAAAAGGAAUCUACAGAACAUAAGAUUGAGUUAGUCAUUCAAUAAAGUGAUAUAAUUGCUUGA